ACUGGCUAAGAUAACUUUGGAAAGUUGUCGAUGGAUUAAGUUUUUUGUAUCUCAAGUUAGCUGAUUAAACAACGAAAGGAAAACGGCAACGAUAUGGGAACAACAGCAAGUCAAUUAGAGAAGGAUCUGCUCUCAGAAUAUCAGGAGCUUACAUUUCUUACAAAGCAAGAAAUUCUGUUGGCACAUAAGAGAUUCAGUGAACUCCUCUCCAAAGAGGACCGAACCCUGCACAAUCCCAGAGUGCCCAUGGUGAAAAUAAUUUCUCUGCCAGAACUCAAGUCCAACCCUUUCAAGAAGCGGAUCUGUCAUGUAUUCUCAACAUCUGAUACAAAAGACGGAAGCCUCACCUUUGAGGACUUCCUUGAUCUCUUAAGUGCUUUUAGUGAUUCAGCUACACUGGAAAUCAAGUCCCACUACGCAUUCCGCAUUUUUGACUUUGAUGACGAUGGCACUCUGGAUAGUGGGGACCUGGAGAAGCUAGUGAACUGUCUGACCGGCGAGACCGAUGAUACAAGGCUUACCCCUGAAGAGAUGAGGCAGCUCAUAAGCAAUAUUCUGGAAGAGUCCGAUAUAGACAAAGACGGGACUGUGAAUCUUUCAGAGUUUCAACAUGUCAUCUCAAGGUCCCCAGAUUUUGUCAGUUCUUUUAAGAUUGUGCUGUGAAGUCCAUCACUGAAGGAUACCAGGAUAUGGAUGAUUUGGAUUCUGUCCUAACAAUAUUCCUAGCGAUACCUUUCCUAUUUUUACCCAUUGUAAUAACAAUAAUGAUGUAAACUUUACACUUUUUUCUCAAAUUUUCUAUUGUAUCAAAAUCUAUUUUUACAUUGUGUGUGCAAUAACAGCUCUCUGAAAUGUAUAUAAAAUGUAUAGAAUAAAAGUCUUAUUCACAAAGU